AUGAGUAUAGGUCGAGACAGAUCGACCAGCCUAUUCACCAGCCAGAUGGGCGGUCAUGACAACGCAGACCCCGGAAGCGGUCAUGGAUUUCCGCAGAGUCUCGCCUUCAGCGGAGAUGUGACUCCAGCUACCUACAGUGGUGGAAUUCCUCAGCAUCCAUCAAAGAAUCAUCCCACGCCCUACUCAGGCCCAACAAAUCAGCCGCCGCCGAUUUUCAACAUUUAUCAGGCACAAUCAGCCCGUAUGGGCCUUGAUGCUUUUGAUCUACAGCUUCUCAAUACCUCUCCGUCUCUCCUCGGUCGAUCAUCUCUGCAAGAUCACACAAUCCCAUCCACCAUGGAGGUACCUUUGUCGAGUUCGACAUAUCAGCUACUGGAUUUCGCCAACGAACGCCCCUCUCCUGAUCCCAACUCGCUCUCUAGGCAUUCAGGUUCCGGUCAUUCUCAUCCAGAGCAAACCUGGGCUCCUCCUGUCGGUGCUCAACAAUAUCAAGAUGCACUAUUCAACAGACAGCUACCUACGCCAGAGUCUUCGAGCUCUGUCUUCCCCUUUCCGUCACUCCGACAGCGAAUACUGCAAUCUCAAGGUCCCUCCGAGCAUUUCUCGAACGCGACCUCUAUUCCACAAAUUGGAAACCAAUCUACGUUAAGCAGCUCAUCAAGCCCCGCCAUAUCUAGCCCGACAACAAGACUAAGUGAGCGUCCACAUGGCCACCCUGCGACGAGUGUACACACAUCCCAAGACGUCCGCAGGCCUGCACAACCUGCUACGCCACCCUCGCAGACAGAGCAGACCGUGCGUCACCUCGACCUGGGACAUGCUCCCCCAAUCGCCAAUGGCGUCCACCUGAUCAGCCCCAGAGAUGUCCUACCCGAUAGACUCCGAGCGAUUUUCCCUUUCGAACUCUUCAACGCCGUACAAUCCAAAUCAUUUGCAUCUGUCUAUGAAACAAAUGAUAACCUCGUCGUCUCUGCCCCCACCGGAAGUGGAAAGACAGCUAUCUUCGAGCUAGCCAUCUGCAAACUCCUUUCUCAGAAGACUGAUCAAAACUUCAAGGUUAUUUACGUCGCCCCCACAAAAGCCCUUUGCUCGGAGAGGUCGCGCGACUGGGAAAGCAAGUUUAGGCACUUGAAUUUGGCUUGUGCCGAACUCACAGGAGACACCUUCAGCACUGAUAUGUCUCGUGUGAGAGCUUCUCAGAUAAUUGUCACAACUCCGGAAAAGUUGGACUCAAUAACGAGGAGGUGGGGAGAUUAUCGCAAGCUUCUAGACCUCGUUCAGCUAUUGUUGAUUGACGAGGUACACUUCCUGAAGGACAUUCGCGGAGCUACUCUGGAAGCAUUGGUAUGUCGUAUGAAGACCCAGGGAUCCGACGUCAGGGUUGUUGCUCUGAGCGCUACUGUGCCCAACAGUGAGGACGUCGCGAAGUGGUUGGGCCGCAGGAAUACCAAGAGACACCAGCCGGCCCGGCUUGAGACUUUUGGUGAAGACUUUCGCCCCGUCAAGCUACAAAAGCACGUUUACGGUGUGCAUUGUUCAGGAAACGCCUUUCAGUUCGAGGCCCAGCUAGAUGUAAAGCUGUGUGAGGUGAUAAACAAACACAGCCAGAAGAAACCCAUCAUUGUCUUUUGCUUCACGCGAAAGUCAUGCGAGCUGACCGCCAAGAAGCUGAGUCAAAUGUGGAUGUCUGUCACAGACGACGAGAAGCCCUGGCCUGAACCUAAGCAGAGAGUGAAUGUCACCAAUGAAGGUCUCCAGCAAAUCACGCGGCAGGGUGUUGCUUUCCAUCACGCCGGUCUGGAGCAGCAAGAUCGGUUGGCUGUGGAAAACGCAUACCUCGAAGGACAACUCCACGUCAUUUGUUGCACUUCUACCUUGUCUGUGGGAGUCAACCUGCCCUGCCACACCGUGAUCCUCAAAGGGACUAUUGGCUACCAAGAUGGUAGGCUCCUCGAGUAUCCCGACUUGGAAGUGAUGCAGAUGCUCGGGCGAGCUGGCCGGCCGCAAUUCGACACCAGCGCUGUCGCCAUCAUCCUGACUAGGUCAGAAACCAAAGCAAGAUACGAGGCCAUGGCGUCAGGGACGCAGGUUCUCGAGAGUACUUUACAUCACAACCUGAUUCAGCAUCUGAACUCGGAGAUAUGUCUUGGCACCAUCAAAAGCCUCGAUUCUGCCAAGGACUGGCUUAAAGGAACCUUCUUCGGUGUCAGACUCCACUCUAACCCGUCGCAUUACAAACUCGACGCUCAAUCUCCCAAUCAGGAGAAAUUGCGGAAAUUUCACGUUGAUAGAUCGAUCGAAGAUAUCUGCGAGCGAGAUAUCAAUCUGUUGCAGGAAGCAAACUUGGUCAGAUCAUGUAACGACGUUCUUGAGUGCUCACCAGCUGGGGGGGCAAUGUCGGCUUAUAUGAUUCGCUUUGAAACCAUGAAGAUGAUCCUUGGCAUGACAACUGGGACAAGGAUUUUUGAACUUCUCAUGACACUGGCAAAAGCUGAAGAGUUCAAAGAUUUGUAUAUCAAGUCGAACGAAAGGGCUCUUUACCGGACUCUGAAUGAAUCUCCGUUCAUGCGAAGCAAAGUGAAGGCAAAAAAUAUCACCGAGGCUUGGCAAAAGGUUUUUAUCAUCAUCCAGAUUAGCCUUAGUGGUGGCGAGUUUUCAUCACCCAAGUCAGAUAACAGCAGUGCUGUGUCAAAGAAUCAGUAUAACAUCACAAAGCGGCAGGUCCUCGACCGCAUGAGGUAUCUUUUACGCUGCGUUAUUGAUUGCAAAGGUGCAGAGGGAGAUUCUGAGACUGUCAAGAAUGCGUUGGAGCUCCUGCGGUCAGUCAUUGCGGGCGGGUGGGAAGGUUUGCCAUCGCAGCUACUCCAAGUCCCUGGCAUAGGUCCAGUCUCCAUGCGCAAGCUUACUGCCCACGGUAUUACAAGCAUGUCGUCGCUGUUGGGGGCAGAUUACAUGGAAAUAGAGACCUUCCUGACCCGAAAACCCCCUUUUGGCAAGAAUCUCAUGGACACCAUGAAGAUGUUCCCCAAGUUGGGCCUUGAACUCAAGCUCUCUGAGGCAUCUAACCCGAGUCAGCCCAGUGAGGAUGACCAUGCAGCGGUUACAGUUGAGGCAAAACUGACAUGUCAGCGUCUGGAUAGCGGCGGUCCCUUACCGGGUGGCAGGGUUGGCUAUCUCACCUUCCUGGCUGAGACCUCGGAAAAGCGGCUGGUCUACUUUUGGCGUGGACGUGACUGGAAGGCCAAAGGUGAUGGAGUGAGACUGAACUUCUCGGCGCAAUUUAACAGCGGAGAAACUGCCAUCUCUUGCCACUUCAACUGUGAGGGUUUGGUUGGGCUCGGCGUCUCGAAGACUGCCCAUCGCACCCUUCAAAUCCCCACGUCUGCCAAAAGGUCGAUGCAAAAGACAGCUGCCAAACCAGUCAAAAGGAACAAUGCUGGCAAUAGUCUCACUGAGCCCAUCGAGAUUGACGAGGAUGGCUUGGAAGAUGAUGAUCUUCUUCAGGUGUUGGAGCAAGUGGAGCACACGUCGCGCCCUUCCAAAAGGUCUCGUGGAGACAAUGCCAUGGAGGAGGAGGAUGAUGAUGAUGAUGACUUCCCUUCUGUCGAAUACAUAGCAAGAUCGAACAAGGCGACCUCUCCGGAGCAGACAGUGCACGAACCGGUGCAGCUCCCCAGCGGGAAAUGGAAAUGUAACCACACUUGUGCCGAGUUCGCUCUCACCAAGACUGGACAGCCAUGUAAACACAAUUGCUGCCAUGAAGGACUUGAGAAGAAGCCCAAGCCUAGGGUAAGGGCAAACAUCGAAGGCGGCAGCAAAAAGAGAAAGCUGGACGGCGAGGAACUGGUCAAGACCGGUGCUAGCAGCCCUAGAUUAUCGACAGCAAAGAGCUCACUAAGCAGCUCCAUGCCUCCACCCAAGCGACCGAAGCCUUCCAAAGGAGCCGAAUCGCAAAAAGUGCAUGGAAAAUCAGCCACCGCUGUUACUUCAGGCAAAAGAGCCCAGAAGUAUAUAGCACCAACCUCAUAUCAAAUACAGAAGGCACAUGUCAUUGACUUGUCUCAAGACGACAGCGCGUCGUCAUCCAACGAGGCUGAGGGCACUGGUGAUGGUAAUGGUGAUGGCCUUACAGUGUUGCCUUUGAAGUAUCAAGGUCGACUGAGCCGUCAUCUACAGGAUUGGGGCCAACCGGAGCAUUUUGACUUUGACAAUUUCGAGUAUCCAGACCCCAGCAAAGCGGUUCAGGCUACCCCAGGACCUUUCAAGGAAGGCGGAAUGGAUGUCACCUUGACACCCGAGCCUAUGCUAGGGAUCACUGUCUCUGGUGGCAUCUCGAAGGAAGACCAGAAGAAGCUCCUAGAGGCGUCACGGAUGCUAGGUUUGCGCUCUUCUCCGGAAAUUGUUCAUACCGAUACACCCGAGGAAUUAAGCUUGCCUGGAAGUUCAUACAAGCUGACAGACGAGCCGGAAAGUGAGAUCUACAAGCUAGACCAUGAGCUUGAUUUGGGCCAGAACUCGAUUUAUACUCCCGAGGGGCAUGUUGAAGGCGAGAUUAUGGACGAUACAAUUGUGGUCGCCAACCCUCCCCAGGCGACAGAGCCAGAGUGGGUCAACGAGAUGGACCCUGACAUGAUCGAUUUCUUCCGGGACAGCAACAUCACGUUCAUCUAG